ACCACCCAGGCGGAUUCUACGAUUCCAAGAAGGACAUGACCUUUCGCGAAAUUGUCAAAAACUCGCCCCGAGCGUACGCAGCUUCGUUCAAGACGGACCAGAAGCGGAUCGACCUCCCGACGGACAAGUUUCAGAAGGGAUCGACCGACGUGCUCUACAACCCAAGAAACGGCACGUUCACCGAAAUAUUGGCGAAGAAGGGUAACUUCUCGGUGAUGAACUCGAAGGUGAAGAGGAGCGCGUUCACGGAAGCCAGGUUCAAGCAGGGUAACGGCCCGGACGUCUUCUACGACGUCCACCGCGGUACGUUUGCGGAGGACCUGAACAAAUCGCCUCGGGGAUACUCAGCCGCGUUCAAGACGACGCAGAAACGCAUAGACGAUAGCAGGGAUAGGUUCAAGCAAGGCAGCGUGGACAUCAUGUACGAUGCUAAGGACCCGAGGUACGCGAUGCCCGCGUACAAAACGAGACCGCAGGUGGCGGCUUUCGGGUCUUCGAUGCCGCGGAUAAAGCCGCGGCGGGAGCCGAAGGUGAUUAAGGAUGGCGGGACUAGGAGGGGAUCGAGAUCAGGGUCAAACGUGGGGACAACCUCUCCGAAAAGCGUGGGGAAUAGAACCCCGAAACGAGUGGCGAACGAUACACCGAAAAGCAUCGGGGACGAAACGUUGUGGAAGACACGAAGCAGCUUGUCAGAGUGGUCGGAGCCGGCGAUGCCCGACACGCCCGACCAAUAGAUCUGAAUGUUGAUGUCAUUUCACAAUU